AAAGCGUGCACCACACACCUCGUUCCACCACCCCCCUCGGCACAUCCCCCUCGACACGCACCGCUCUGGCCACACCUGCUUGGUGCGACAGCCAUCCGCGUGAGCAAAUCGACUGCCCCCGCCAACACGCCGACACCACCGCGCCUUUGGCCCGCCCCGCCGCCGCCGCCGCUGUUGUUAGAGUCGCGUCCCUCUUACCCGACCUGAGCACCAGGGACGCGUCCCAACAAACUCGACCACACUUGUCCAAAGCCUCCUCGCCCCUCCAACUCCGACCGCCGGCAGCGGCGCUACCUCUGAUAACCAGCACUCGCAAUCAAAAACACAAACGCAAUCAAAGCAAACCACCCGCGCGGCACGCACCGACAAUCCCAAGCAACAACUCUGUGCCCCGCGGCUGCAAGCUAGGCUCACGUCCUCGACGACAUCCAGCCCAAACAAACCAACAAUCCGCAGCCCGUAAACCGCGUCCUACUCGGCGUCCAAACACCCUCAGCCUCGUCCUCAUCCUGCCCACCCCAACACGCAGAUCAGCAAUGGUUAGGGAGACGCGCGGCUCGGCUGCGGCCCGCGAGUCGACUCUACCAUCCACACCAGACUCAAACUCCAAGCGCAAGCGCCGGACAUCGGGAGAUGCAGCGGCGUCGGCGUCGCCUAGCACAUCGCUCGCAGCAAUCGACGCGGUGGCGAACGGCGAGCCAGACAACAAGAGGCAGCGUGUGAGCCUGCGAUCAGGCGCGAACGGCAAGACAGAUGCCAUCGCCGAGGAGUCGGCCGACGCAGCGUCCACGCCAGAGCCAGUUCCAGGACGAUUGCUAUCAAAACAGGUCCGCGAGGCCAUUGCCGUUGUUGUUGCUCAAAUGGCGACCAGGCUUCCACCGCCAGCGAACAAUGUCUUGUCCUUCUACCUGCCCCCAAACUAUACGCAAAAGGAGGAGAACACGAUCGGCCACCUUCUCAAGCAGGACAACCUGACAUGGGAGACUCUUGUCGACACCUUGCACACCUUCUCAGAGCACAUUCUUUCACCGGGCUCGCCAGGUGGAUACCCCAACCCUGUGCCAUCGCGUGCUCGUAUCCACCUGCCAGUCCCUCCAUUGCCUUCCCACUACCCGCCCGCGCCGCUGUACACAUUCUGCGCCGCUCUGCACCAGCUCUUGUUGCAAGUCGAGCCUGAUACCGACGGCAGCAACCCGCUCGAGGCGCCUUCCGAACGCUGGGCUCUUGUCCAGAGAACACCCGGACACGGCCUCGGCACGGCUGGCGGCGAAUGGUUUACUUCUCCAGCGGAUCUGCGCGAGAUCGAAGCUGUCCGUGCCAAGCUCAAACUCGACAAGCCCUUGUUGGAAACACUCGCCGCAGAAGGCCGCAAGUUUGGCUUUGCUACGCCCGUUUCGGUCCACACAACCGAGAUUCUCGGACAACCAGAAAAUGGUGCUUCCAAAAAGCUGUCGGACGCUGUCAUCCGCAAGGCAAGCCUCAAAGCUCAGGCUUGGAAAGCCCUCCGGCUUCAGAAGGGAGCCAUGAGUGCCGGCAGCCCGUUCCGUGGUGUCAAAAUCAGAUCAGUGUCUACCGCACCGUUCACUCCGACGUUCGCGCCCACCUACGAUUCCAGUCGAGCCUCCGGUAUGGGUUACUUCUCAACCCUCGACGGCAUGCGCGAGGUUAGCCGCCAUCGUGAAUGGGCACUGCGCUCCAAGUCAAUAGAAGCCGUCAAUGAGCAGUGGGCUGGCACUAUCGACAAGGACGAAGACGAGGCCAAUGGAGACGAACCCAAGGCGGCUGAAUCAAAAGACUCGGAGGCGACGGCCAACUCGAGUGACAAGAAGGAGAAGACGGCAGAGGAGAUUCUGGAAGCCAACUCGGAGCGGAUCGCCGAGCUUCAGGUCUGGCAGGAUCUUCGUGUGCGUAAAGGCGACGAGACAUGGAUCACAGACCGAGAACAAGCUGUGGCAGGAGAACUUCUUGCCUCCCUCGCUUGUCUUGUGGAGAAUGCGUCGCUUCCUCCUUCGUCCAUUCUUCCCGCCGACCGUGACCCAGCCACCGCCGGACUCGCCCACAAGCUGGCCAAGCGACUGCUCUCGAACCGUGUCCCGCUCAUCCGCGGCACACAGGACCCUAAACGCCCGGUGGCAGUGCACGACAACGUCACGAUUCGGUUGAAACCCCAGACUGUGGCCGCCAUCGGCGCGCAGCCCACACCCACGCCUGGAACUCCGGGACCUCAACACUCGCCUCUUGCUCCUCCGCCGCGGGCGCUGCCUGGCACGCCAGGGGGAUUCAUGGCUCCUCCCAACGCCGGCAUCCGCGAACCUCCCCCUCACACUCUUCCACCUGGGGCACGCUACUACCCGCAGCAGCAGGUUCGACCUGGCGCGUACCCACAACAACAACAGCAGCAGGGACAGAUGCCGAUGGUGGCCGUGCCAACGGCUUUCCAGAUGCAGGCGCAGCAGCAAAUGCAGCAGCACGUCCAACAGCAGAUCCAGGCCCAGCAGCUUCAGCAUCAGGCGCUUCAGCAGCAGCAGGCGAUCCAGCAGCAGCAAGCCAUUCAGCAACAGCAACAGCAAAUGGCGCAGCUGCAACAGCAGCACGGCAUGCAAAUGGCGCAGAUGCGGGCAGUCAACAUCCCGGGAGUCCCAACUAUGCCGCAGGGAGCCUACGGUGGUUCGCCCGUCGGCGCCCAAGGCCAGAUGUUUCGUCCACCGGCCAACGUCGCCUACAUGCGUCAAGCCCAAGUUGGUUCUCCUCAGCAGCAGCCAGGCAUGCCCCAGAGCCCAAGUCCGAUGCCACCAGGCUACCCUCAGCGUAUGGUUGCCCUUGGGCCGUCCAACUUGCGGCAGAGCUACGGCCCCAUGCCAGGACAGAUUCCCGGCCAGAUGCCAGGACAGCUCCAAGGCCAAAUGCCUGGACAGAUGCCGGGGCAGCUGCCUGGUCAGCUCCAAGGCCAGGUGGGCGUCGGCCAGGUGCCGGGGCAGAUUCAGAUGGUGGGGCCGUACGGCUCGCCCGUGGCCGCCAUGCGCAUGAUGAACCUGCCGCCGGGACAGAUGCCGCCAGGGCAGAUGCCCAUGCAGCGGUAGGUGGGUGUGUGGGGGGUGCCUGGUGGAAGCCAGCGAGAGAGGAAGAAGUGCUGGACGCAUGUUGUGGUCAUAGUUUCGAGAGAGGGGUCCGUAGUAAUUCACCAACACGCAACGGAGAUGAGCAUGCAGCAGCUUGCAGAG